ACAAAACAACUCCAGCCUGCCUCCACUUAUCAGUCGGUUAUAAAACAGCGCGUUGCCCUUCAGUAAACUCGCACCUCCCUUCCUUUUCUUUAUUCUUCCACUUUUCUUCUUUCCUCUGUACUCCUUCUUUCUUUAAUUCUUUUUCUUCAUCUCUCUGCUUCUCCCGAGAAUCACAGACUGAACGAGAGAGAUUGUGAGAGAGGAAGAUUCAAGGAGAGGAGGAGACCGAAAUUAGAGAGGCAGAGAUUGAGAGAUCGGGAGAACUGGGUUUUUGGACAACUCGGUGUGGUUUGAAGGUACCUCUGUUUUAGAAUGAACUGUUAUGAGAACUGCACCAAAAGGCUUGACUCCAGUGAGGUCAGCUAGACAGGUGAUUGAUGCACUGAAUGCAGGACCUAAUAUAGAUUUAAUACCAGCUGAACUUGACCUUCCAUUGGCCAAAGGCAUGAAGAUGUUGAAGUACAUCAAUCAGGAUAAAGAGUAAUGCCGGUGCAUUCUCGUGUUCAUGAUGUCGGCACAAGACGAGGUCUCUGUUAUUGUCAAGUGCUUGAGGCUUGGAGCAGCGGACUAUCUUGUAAAGCCUUUACGCACGAAUGAGCUAUUAAACUUGUGGACACACAUGUGGAGAAGAAGGCACAUGCUUGGACUUGCGGAGAAGAACAUUUUGACCUAUGAAUUUGAUUUGGUGGCCUUGGACCCUAGUGAUGCUAAUACAAACAAUACUACUACUUUGUUCUCGGAUGACACAAAUGACAAGUCUCGCAGGAGCACCAAUCCUGAGAUGGAAUUGUCAACCCAUCAGGAAGAUGAGGUUGGUUGACAUGGUCCAUCAGGAUUUAUUGUUGGCUGAUCAAUAUUCAAAGUUGAAGGUGAGUGAUGUUAAAUUUUCUUUGAUUAGCUGUAUUGGGAAUGAUGAUGAACUAAGGUCGUGGUUAAAUUAUUCAAAUGACUUAAUGGUUGUCGUGGUUGGACAAAAAUGCUCAUUUUUCUCAAAUUUCAGUUGAUAAUCUAUACUGUAUAUGAGAGUUUGGAUUAAUUAGUACCAACUUAUGGGACGAAAUGAAAGGAAUGGGGUGUGCUGCCCAACAAUGUUAAAUG